UUCCGUAUGUUCGCAUCUAGCUGAAUUAUAAGAACGCUCAUCGAAUAGGGAGUCUUUCUAGCUUCGGUAAGUUAUUUGAGCCUCGUUUAGGAUUGCUGUUGUUUUCUGCCAUACUACACUGUUGGAACUGCUUCGGGAUGAGAGAAAUUAGAGAAGGUCAGAGUGAAAAAAAGAGGAUGGAAGACCGGAGUUUACUGCAGAAUAUUCGCAGACCACCCAAACUCAGCACACCUGUUCUAAUAAUCUCCAAACUAAUUGUGAUCGCCUUGCCCAUCGCUCAGGUAUCGAUUGGUGCAAUAUAUCUGCACGACUGUCCAAAGCAGCCCUAUAUCCCCAUCUAUCUGCUGGUGUCAGGUGCGUUUGCACUGUUGCUGGGCCUGUUGUCUUGCCUGCCAUGCACUCAGGAGCCAGAGGAGGGCACUCAAACUCCUCUGAGCAGUCUCUGCACGGCCUGGAACUCACUGGUGUCGCUCUUCCUUUUCUGCUGGUUCAUCACUGGUAACGUAUGGAUCUACUCCAUUUACCAGCCUUCUUACAAACCUGACACAGACCAGUAUUGCAAUAAAACGCUGUAUCUGUUUGCUUUCUGGACCACCACACUGGUCUAUAUUUUGCUGGGCAUCAUCUUCAUAGGAGGUUGCUGUAUGUUAUUCUGCAUGUGUUUGUUUGGAAGUCUGGGAUUAAGUAGAAAUGUGGAUGAUGAUGUGUGAUUGAAAGGACCAACAGUCAAACCAACACUGAUGUUAGUAUAGUUUAUUCUUCUGUGCACUUAGCAGUUUGAGGCCUACUAAUUUUUGCUGAACUUUUGCACUAUUGAUAAGAGGCCAUUGGCAGAGAUUGGGAGUUUUUCUGAAGACGAGUGAAUUUGCUGUCUGAAUAAAUUGCAUGGUAGCCUGUGUUGGAUUUUGCACUUAAGAAUAUUGUGAAAUGCUCAAUAAAGAAAAAGAGAUUAAUAAAUUAAUACAAAAGAUCAUCUUACCCAGCAUUCAGUUUGUUCUUUUUUUGUGUGUGGGUAUAAUCACCUCUAAACUGUAUUAUUCAAUGUUAUACUAGGCAACCGAUUUCAUACAUAUCCAUGCUAGUUUCCUGUCUCUCAUGAUAUUCCGUGGUUUCUU